GACAAGUGCUGACAAGUUGUUGAGUGCGGGUACUUAUUAAGAUAAUCCAAGAACUGUGAACGCACCUGUUAACCCAGCACUAGAAACACGACCCAAUCUCAUCAUUACUUAAUAAUUAACACCGGAAAACCCGCACAGCUUCACAAUGGAAUAACCGUUUUUCUACAAGAAAAUACAAAUAUUAUUAUUAUGAUUUUACGGCGAGGGAAGAUUCUAUUCGGACUUGUGUGUUUGUGUUUUACGCUUUGCGGUGUCCUCGGAGGCGUGACAAGACAAAAACAAACUCUCAAAGAAUUACACACGGAUCAUUUAAAGACUUUAACAACAAGAAGUGCCGACGAUACACAGAACUCUGCCGCCGGCAAUGCGAGCCGACGCCAAUUCGCAGUAGAAAACUUGGAGCCGUUUCCAGGGCCUGUGAGCCAUGUAAUUGAGAAGCCAGUGGUUCAACACCAUGUCCAUUACGUGCCCAAACCUUACCCGGUCAUGUCAGUUCACUAUGUCCCCAAACCAGUGCCUGUUCCAAUCCCCAUCUCUCCGAGUUAUCAUGUAUCACGCGUACCUAUUCGACAUGGGUAUCAUCUGAACCCAUGCCAAGAUGGCGGUAUCUACGUUUCCAUGGCUCAUGGCUACUUUUGCAUCUGCCCUAAAGAUUACCGCGGCAAGGAUUGCCAAGAGCGAAAUUACUGCUCGUCUAUGCCCUGUCUAAAUGGAGGUUCGUGUGUAGAAAUUCCCGGAGCCUUCAAGUGUGGAUGCCCAUUUGGCUUCCUCGGAACCGUCUGUGAAGAACGUGACGCAUGCCAUCCUAACCCGUGUAAAAAUGGCGGGACGUGCACGCGUUCUGACACCGAGUCCGGCUUCGUUUGCGUGUGCAAGGAGGGAUUCACAGGAGAACACUGUGAAGGUUUUAAUCGGUGCGACCCGAAUCCUUGCAAGAAUGGCGCCACCUGCCAACAGAUAAAGGACGAUAAGUACGAGUGUCUGUGCCCUCCCCCCUACAAGGGCACUCUUUGCGCAGACACACGCCAAUGCUUCGUCAACCCGUGCAUGAACGGUGGAACAUGCCACGAGAGCGAGACUGGGUACGAGUGCUCCUGCAGACACGGCUACACUAACGCCAACUGUGAAGUGCAUGUCUGUCAUCCUAACCCAUGUCAUCACGGUGGACGAUGCGAAGUGGAGUCUGGGCAUUUUAAGUGCGUUUGUCCCCCGUUGUACAAGGGCUAUCAGUGUGAAAUCCCCCAUCCAUGUUUCACUCGGCCCUGCCAGAACAACGGCGUCUGCAUUGACUCGUACAGCGGUUUCAGCGCGUAUCCCGAUAACUGGGACAGCCAUGGCUACCUGCACUACUUAUGUCUCUGCCAGCAAGGGUUUAUGGGGCCGAAUUGCGAAAUGGACAUCUGUAAGCGAUGUGACCCUAACGCUAAGUGUCUCAACAACACGUGUGUCUGCAUCGAGGGAUACUUCGGCGAUGGAUUCUCCUGCAAGCGUGUGCCUCAUCCGUGUCACCCGAACCCUUGCAAGAACAAUGGCGUGUGCGCUGAGCUCCAAGGUGGUGAAUAUGACUGCAAGUGCCCGGAGGGGACAACAGGAAAACAUUGCGAAAUCAAAGAUGCCUGUCUCCCUAACCCCUGCCAAAAUGGCGGGAAAUGCGUCGAAGCACAGGAUGGUACAACUCGCUGCAUUUGCGAAAAUAGCUACACAGGAGCCAACUGCGAACUACCUAUUGACCCAUGUACUUCUAACCCGUGUCAAAAUGGCGGCACGUGCAUGAACGACAAGGGUAAAGCGGUGUGCCGGUGCAAGGGCAAGUGGACAGGGGUAACUUGUAGAGAGUGUAGUUGCCCUAAGGGCAACAAGGCGGCCGUGCCUCCUGAGAUGGGCCAGGUCUGUGAUGCCGAGGGCGAGUGUAGAUGUGACGGAUCAAUGACUAAGACAGAAACAGGCUGCAAGGAGGGUCGCACUUCUACCCCAUGUUCGUCCAGCCCGUGUAAGAAUGGCGGCACAUGUACUGACACAGGCCCAACGACCUACGCGUGCUCGUGCCCGCUCGGAUUUACUGGAACUAACUGCGAAAAGCCGGUCUGUACCCCAGACUAUUGCAAAAAUAACGGGAUAUGUCAGCCACGUGUGGACGGUCCUUCAUGCUUGUGUCAGCCUGGAUUCUCGGGACCGAGAUGCGAAAAUAAGAGCCCUACGAAGGUUAAAGAUCCAUGUCACCCAAAUCCAUGUUUAAACGGUGGCUCAUGUAAACCGGUCAGCGGUAGCUAUGAUUGUCACUGUGACGCGCGGUAUACCGGAGCGCAUUGUGAGAUUGACAAAUGCGCCAAGUGUCACGUACAGGCUGUUUGUAUACACGGUCACUGCAAAUGCCGAGCAGGCUACAUAGGGACUGGGUACGAGUGUAUGAAAGCUCAUACGACCAGGGUGUGCCCGACCACGUGUCCCAUAUACUCCACGUGUUCACCGCAUGGCUCAUGUCAGUGUAUCCCUGGUUACACCAUGACUGGAAACUACUGCUCGCGUGUGACGGCAUACGGCAUUGUAGACGGAGGAAACGAGGAAUCCGAAGAGGAAGAAGAGGAGGGCUUCCGCCCGACACCCCACACGACACACCCAACACCCCCCGCACCGACAACCAUCACUGACAGCCCUACCGACCCACCGACGAACCCUCCUACAACCUCAGUACCUACACCCGCGACAGACCCACCAACACCCCCUCUUCCCAUCACGACGGCACCUGCGGCCACACCCACACCACCUGUUCCCACGGGAGCCCCGGCACCUAUCCCCACGGGAGCCCCGGCACCUAUUCCUUCAGGGGCCCCGGCACCAAUUCCUUCAGGUUCCCCGGCACCCAUUCCUUCAGGUUCCCCGGCACCAAUUCCUUCAGGGGCCCCAGCACCUAUUCCUUCAGGGGCCCCAGCACCUAUUCCUUCAGGGGCCCCGGCACCAAUUCCUUCGGGGGCUCCGGCACCUAUUCCCUCAGGGGCCCCAUCGCCUGUUUCCGCGUACAAUGACGAAGUCCAGUAUGACCGGGCCCGAGCAUCAUAUUCCCCGGUAUCAAAUUACCCGGUGCCUUAUUCACCGCUAACCGGACCCUCCAUGUUUAGGUUAUCGGAAUCAAAUUCGCCAGCAGCAUACUCCCCACUGGCUAAUUCCCCGGUACCGGCGCCUAGUCCAUAUUACUCUCCUAUUUACUAUUACUAUCACCCAUACCCGGCAUCUUUCCCAGCUAGUUCCAACAGUUAUUACGGGUACACUAAUCCCUUCGCCAGGCGGCUCCCGGAAGACCACCGGUACCCGUCUUUUUACAACCGGGUGAUGGGUAGAAGCAGAGAAAGAAGUUCUUAGGAUACAUGUCCGUGCACGUUUUGCACGUCCGCACAAACAACGACCAAAGAAAGUAGCAUUGGCUCGAAUGGACGGAUGAAACAGCUUUGCUUUAAUAGUUGCACACCAUAAUUCGUAAUGCUGGCUAAUGUUAUACAUGGAGAUGUUGUUUGUAUACCCUCAGUGACAGUGCCGUUGCGUCCAAAAAUUAUAUUGAUGUUGGCCCGUUUGCACAAGGAUUUAGAAGACAAAAUCAUAUGAAUGCCAGGUCGCCUUUAGGCAAAGCAAACGGAACUAUAGAAACUCUAAGUCAUGUUAAAGAUUAACAGCAUCAUUGUACAGUUUAAAAGCUUCUAAAGCUAUAUAUAAACGUUCCCGUUCUUCCUUUAGGUUUUUAACGGCAUAAGGUAACGCAUAAUACGAUAAAUGUACAAUAAGUGUAAAGUGUAUAUGCCCAUAUCUUUCUCACAAAAAUUGUUUUUGUGACUUGGCCAUGUUGGUUAAGCAGUUCGAUUUUAUUAAAGGUUAAAUAUUUAGUGACCAAA